UAAUUGACAACGCUAGCUCUAGUGUAACGGUCACACUAAAUACUACAUUUAAAAUAAUAAGAUGCGACGCCGUAAAUUUACAGUGUAAAAACGUGAAUGAACUGAUAUAAAACACCAACGUGUGGACCCAUAGUCCAGCACUUUCAAUUUGAAAUAACCGUAGCACAAAUUUAGAUCGAAAAAAUGUGAGAGUGGUCAUUUUUUUCCGCAGUUUUCCCCAGUGCUAAAUAUAGAGCAUCAAAAUGUUUGGCAUGAACGCAAUAUCGUGAAACUAUUAUCUGCUUUUUAGUCCUCGCUGCCUGAUUGAGUAUGUCCACAAAUAUCUGUAAUCUAGAAGUAAUAAAGAACACAAAUCCAAACCAAAAUAACCGCGAGGACCAGCAAACAAAAACAUUUGAUUUCGACCGCACCGAGAGCGAUGCGACGCACCCAAUAUUACGCAGAGAUCAUCGCCAUAAGCCUGAACGGGUCGAAUGCUUGACGUGCUGCUCUCAAUUCGAGAGUUUCUCGUACAGCGACAUUUGCUCGCACUACAUAUUCAACCAUCCGCAUAAUUCGGAUAGUUUGCGCCAUCAUCUGCCCAAGUGCUUGUACUGCAAGCGCGACGUUCAUCGUUUCCAGCGUAAUAACAAGUCAGAGCCGGAGAUCUAUCACUUUUGUUCGCCCCGCAAGCAGUGUUAA